GAGACAAACGGCGGUGAGAAGACCAAAGUUAAAUCACUGUUUAGGCCAGUGUAGAGCUGCGCAGGAGCGGGAAGUCGAACGGCCAAGAUUCGGGGAGGAGCAAGGCAAGGGAAGGAAUCAGAGAUUGAAGGGCGGGCGUAAAGGUUCAUUUGAGUUAUCCUAUCUACUUCGUAAAGUCACCUACACAAAUGAUAGAAAUUAUGUCAUGCUAAAAGUAAAUUUCAAACAUAAAAAAAUUCAGUCUGUCUUAAAGCUCUGUUAUCAUAAUUUAAGGAUGUAAUGGCAAACCCAUAAUAAACCCACCGUGUUCAAACUUGCCACAGUAAUAAAGCAGUGACGCAUUGGCCCUGUCACUUUUCAAACGUUGUCAUAAUUUAUUAUUGUUUCAAAAAGUAUUUUGCAGACUUUAGUAAAUUUGCUGCCAUUGUCAAAACCAUAACAUCUGUUUAUGUCGUCUGUUUUCGUGAUUGGUUGCGCCGGUAAUGUCAAAGGUUAGCUAACUGGGCAUAGGUGCACUCGUUUUUGUAAACUUUGUUUUCCAGUUGGGUCUUCUGUGAACGGAGUUUGCUCCAUAAGGGGCUACUUGUCGUGAAUCAUAGAGAAAAGCUAAUAUCAUGUAUCUCUUGUUGUUCAUUUACUAGUAAAGGAAAUAUUCUAUACAGUUGUUAUAUCCUGUAAGGUCCACCCCACCACCACCUUCGGACAGUGGAGAUGGUGAAACCAGAGAAUGUGUAAUAUGGAACAACGCGUUAUUGACGCCUUGCGUUAUUGGGGACACCCGGCGUACAAAGCUACAUUGGGAUUUAUUGAAUUUAUUCGUCACUGGAUGUGCGCGCGGACAUUAUAACUGGUCUGUUGAACUAUGGCUGACGUCGUUGCAAUGGCAUCUGUCAUUGAAGACUUUGAGACUCAGCCAUGCAAGAAAUCACGCAAAAGUGUGGACACUCCAGCUGUCAAGACCAUCACAAACUACUUUUCCCCUGUGCCAAAGUCUAUGGAGAAACCCUUCUCUCCACCUAAGUCCAACAACAUCAUGGACUACUUCAAUCGCAAGACCCCACCCGAAAGAGAGAAGGACGCCACCGCAGAGCAGUCCAAAGAAAACCAUCUGGGAAACGAGUCCCAUCAGGUUGUUAGCGGCACGGAGAAGACUGUGAAGCAGCCAGGUAAGCUCCCCAAAAAACGGGGGAGGCCCUGCAAAGCUGCCAGGCGGCUGCAGGAGAAGGAGACGGAGGGCUCCACAGAGGAGUGUGUGAUUGUUGAAAGCCUCGGCGAUGAUGGAAGCUCCCGGGAGAUGACGGUGAAUGGCUCAGACAUCUUGGGGAGUGACACAGCUGCUCUGUUGGCCCAGGUCUGUGCUGAUGCUUGUGUGGAUGAGGACACCAUAGGAAAAAAACGACCGGGUACUGUCACUGCACAACGGGGUCAUAAAGAGGAACCUGAUCAAAAAGACUCUACUUCUACCAAGAAAAAGUCAGGGAAAUCCGCUGACAGUUCCGUUGCUGAAGGACCCCCCGUUGACCAGGUCGAACGUUCCCAGCCUGCUGGGAUAAGAGCAAUGAAAGGGAAAGCUAAGCAGGAACAGGCGCAGCACGAUGGGGAGGAGUGCGUACCUGAGGUGGAGGAGGCUGAGCAGUCCUUAUGCGACGUGAGCAUGGAGGUGAACGUGGAUGAGGCAUCUCAACUCAAUAGCAGCACCGUCACCAUCUCUUUUGAGGACUUCCUGCAGAGUCAGGACCGAGAGGAAGGCAAGGGGCACAAGAAAGAUGGGAUGGAGGACGAGGUGAGCAAAGACAGCGUGGAGUCGAGAGAGAAAGAGGGAGAUGUGGCGGAUGUCCCCAAACUAGCUGGUUGUGAAGGUCCUCAAGUGUCUCCCAGAACUCUCACCUUCCAGGCAGAGGUGCACGCCAUCUCCCUUAACCACGAGCCUGCCAGGGCUGUGGAGAAGAAGGUGGCCUCCAUCUUCACCAGGAGGAAAGGGGAGGGGAGCCCAGUGGAGGUAAGGCCUUCCUCCUCUCUGCAUCCCAAGCCAAGGCCUGAGCUACUGCCUGUCCCCAAACGGAAGUCUAACGUGGUUCUCCAAGAGGAGGACCUGGAGCUGGCAAUGGUGGAGUCUGAUUCCACACCCAAGUGCAGCCAGGCCGAGAGAAAGCAGUUCAUGAGUGCCUUCAAGCAGCCCAUCCAGGAGGGAGCUAAAGCCAAGCUAGGUAAGGGACAGGGCAAGCAGAAGCAGCCUGCAGAUAAGGUCCCAGAGGAGGCUGGGGAUGAGGGAGCUGACAGGGACAUCUCCAGUGUUCCUGCAGUUGAACAGCCCAGUGCUGGUGACAAGGAGGAAAAGGGAAUGAAAAAGAAGCCAGGAAGAAAAGGGAGGAAGAAGGUCCAGAACGAGAAGUCCUCUCCCUCACCUGCCACACAGGAAGAACCCGACCCCAAGGAGACAGGAGCUCAAGAGGCAGAAGAAGAACCGGCAGUGGUGCCCACCACGUCCACCCCCGCCACCACCCCAACAGUCAAGAGAUCCAGAAGAAAAAUCCCCCUCAGACCAGUAUGUGUAGCCAAGGAGGCUGGGACUUUGAACCCGACUCGAAAGACAAAAAGCCGCAAGAAGGGUAAUGAUGCCGGGGUCCCCCCGGACAGCCCGGCCCACAUGUCAACCCCCAGGUCCAGACACAGAGUGUUCCUGGCUCAGAUGGUCUCCCCUCCUGACGAGAAGGAAAGUCCCAUCAGGAUGAAAUUCACACGGGUCUUUCCAAAGCCUGAAGCUUUUAGUGACUUUGAAAUACUGAGUCCUCCUGCUAAUAAGGGAUCAAAUGCCUCUAAGAAAAGAAAGCAGGCCAAAAGGUUGGUAGAAAAAGCCAAAGCGAUACAAAAGAACAAGAAGGAUACCUCAAAGGAUCGGGGUUCUUUACGAAGGUCUUCACGGAGUCAUACCUCCACCAUAAGGAGCUUCUGUGAGAAUGAGGAGUCUGUGGUUUGCUUAGAGGAGGGGCAGAGUGACUCUGCACCGACAAAGAGAAAAUCUCAGAAACGGUUACGGAGUCUUAAUGAGGUUUUGGGGAAACCCGCUGCCAAGAAUCCAGCAGCUUCCAAAGCCACCCCAUUGGUCCUGGGUAAAAAGGCACAGAGGGCGUCGACAGGCAUAUCCAUAUUUGAUGAAAGCAGCCACGAGGGCUCAGAGAACUCCCAGGAUGAUGAGCAGUUAAGAGCACGCAGAGAGUUCCUGAAGAGUGGCCUUCCUGAAUCCUUCAAGAGGCAGAUAGCCAGAAGUGUUGCCUCCCAGGAGGCCUACUCCGUCUCCUGCUCCUCCUUCCAGCCCACUGUACACGUCCUGCAGACACCACAGGAUUGCACUCUCUGGACUCUCCCGUGGCCUGUCGCACCUUUACUACAAGGCUUAAAGGAGGUGAAAAGCCUGUCGUCAAACCCUCUCCCAUGUGUACACGGUUCCCCCUUCUCUAAGACUGUGCCAGUGUCUAGAGUCCAUGCUAAGGAGGGCUCCGGCUGGAGGGAGGAAAUCUCUCAGAAGGCUCGUCAGCUGCUCGCCGAGGAGAUCAGCGUGUCCAACCCUGCCUUCCCGGCUCACAGGUUCCUCACUCACUUCCUGAAGAGGCGGGCCGAUCACCUCCAGCCGUGCGCCACCUCGGAGGUCCCGCUUGGCCCCAAAGCCCUCGGCGCCCCAGCAUCUGUCGAGGCGGUGGGGGGGAAGAGGAAGCGGGUGGAUGAGGGGGUGGUGAAGGUGACCAAGAAGCAGAGGUCCAGCAGGUCUGAGGGGGAGGAGAAGGGCACAGAGGCUUCAGGUGCUGCCCCCACCCCCGAACCCCAGCCCCCCGGGAGGCGAGGGCGGACCAGGGGGGCUGACAGACAGCAUCCCUCAAUAGAGACCACACCUCUCCCUCCUUCUGGAGACGUAGUGGUGGUUCUGGACGACUCUCCUGUGUCAGAGGAGGCUGGGAAACAAGACUCGAUGAAGGAGGACGUGUUGUGGACCGAGAAGUAUCAACCGCAGCACUCCAGCGAUGUCAUAGGAAACACCGGCUCAGUCAGGAGACUCCACAGUUGGCUGAAGGAAUGGAAGCUCCGAACCGACCGGGAAGAGAGGAAGGAACAGAAGAAGCAAAAGGAAGGCAACAGCAACGACUCGUGGGACUGUGGGGAGGAUGACUCCCAGGAGGGUGAGGAGCUGACGUGUAACACCCUGCUGAUCAGCGGCCCCACAGGGGUGGGCAAGACCGCCGCCGUCUACGCCUGUGCCCAGGAACUCGGCUUCAAGGUUUUCGAAGUGAACGCGUCGUCUCAGCGCAGCGGCAGGCAGAUCCUGUCCCAGCUGAAGGAGGCCACCCAGUCCCACCAGGUGGACAUCCAGGGAGUCAACACCCACAAGCCCACCUACUUCAACAGCUGCUCCGCCCGGCUGAGCUACUCUCCCAGGAAGGUGAACACCCCUCGUAGGGUGGUGUCCUCCCCCAGGAAAGUCCCCCAGUCCCCCCGCGGCCCUAAGAGGGGAGGCCUGGCUCCCACCUCCCUGACCAGCUUCUUCAAGAUGGGACGACCCCCCAGCAAAGAGCCCGCCAACCCUGACAAGACUCAGCCAACAGUUGCUCCUCAUAAGGCUUCCAAACCCAAGGAGACCAAAGAGCCUCCGCCCCCGCCAGCCGGCAGCGCCACGGAGCCUCCCAGCGAGGAGAACAGCAAGAAGACGGCCACGUCGCUCAUCCUGUUCGAGGAGGUGGACGUCAUCCUGGAUGACGACUCGGGCUUCCUGGCCGCCAUCAAGACCUUCAUGGCCACCACCAAGAGACCUGUGAUCCUGACCACCAGCGAUCCAAGCUUCAGUACAACAUUUGAUGGAUUCUUUGAGGAAAUCCAUUUCAAUACUCCUUUAGUGGUGAACGUGGGCAGCUACCUGCAGCUGCUGUGCCUGGCCGAGAACACGAGGACAGACCCCGGGGACGUGUCCACCAUGCUCAGCCUCAACGGCUGUGACAUCCGCCAGAGCCUUCUGCACCUGCAGUACUGGACACGCAGCUCCGGGGGGCGCCCCGCUCCCUGUGUGCUCCCACGGUCGCUCGGCACAGAGUCCCAGGCGAAGGCCGAGGUGGAGGUAGAGGGGGCGGCAGACGGCGGCGUGUGCGAGGAGGUGACCCUGCCUCCCUGUGACAUGGGCUGCACUCAGCAGAUGCUGGGACUGCUGAAUGUGGAGCCAGACAGAGAUGUGCUGGACAUGCUCACGAGCCAGAACGCAGCCGAGCCAGGCUGCCUUGAGGUGCUGAGGGCCAGCCGGAGGAGAGGCCUGGACCUGCUCUACUCCAACAUGGAGGCAAUACUACCCCUCCCUGUCACUCACCUCACCAUCACAGCAUCUAGGAAUCCACAAGCGCUCAGCAAAAUACAGGACGUGCCAUUCGCCGAGCCCCUGGAAGCGGCCAGCCCAGCCCCGCACCCUGACGGCCUGCCCCCUGUCUGGCUGCCGCAGGCUGCAGAGGGCUCGGACGGCGGCAGCCCAGUGAAGCGCUCCUCCGCCAUGAAGACGAGGAAGAAGAGGCAGCAUUGCCCGGAGGACCAGGACCCCUUCCACUCCGACUCGGACUCUGGCGACGCCUUCCUGUCCCUCCGCGAGCCACACCGCGCCCCUCAGGCAUCCCGGGUACCGGAAGACGCCUCGACGGACGUCCAGGAAAAGAGCGGCGGCGACACCGCCGCUCCCGUGAGGAUGAGACUGGUGCCGUUAACCCCAGAGCAGAGGGCGAAGAGUGAGCCUGUGUCUCGCUGCCUGAGCUCCCUGGCUGAGUUUCUGGACCACAUGUCGUUCCUGGACUCCUCCCUGCUCCACCCGGCCACACGGCCAGGGGGCGCCAGAGGCUCGCUGGUGUUUGGCCUCGCGAGCAGAGCAGAGGUGAAGGACGGGAUGACAGACGAGCCCAGGGAGGAGUGUGAUCGAGGGAGCUGGGCCGAGGGAGAGAGAAGGCUGGAGAUCCAGGCUAUGGUGGAGGCUCUGAGCUUCCAGCGGUGUAGACGAGGGGUGGAGGUGGGAUGGACCAGGGCCCAGGCUCUAGGGGGGGAGCUGGGAGAGGAGGUAGUGAAGGAGCUCUCUCUCCCGGUGGCCCCUCACAGACAAGGCUUCAGCCUCACCCUGGACCUCCCCUGUGAAGCCAAAGUGCUCCAGGCUAGGAAGGGAGUGAUGGACACCUUCCUGUCCGCCCGGGUUAACGGGACCCUGGGGAACCGACGGGCGGUAGCCCUCGACUACCUGCCCACACUACGAGCAAUCUGUAAAACGGAGACACUGAAGGAGCAGGGCAAGACUAAACGCCGAUUCCUCCACUACCUGGAGUCCAUCCACCUGGGCCUGCCCAAGAACACAUUACAGCACCUGGCCGAGGGCUUCCCCUGAACCAGCGGUCACCUGGAGGUGUUGCCACUGGAACUCUUUAAGAGCAUGGCACAUGCAGGAAGUCCCACCCGGAAGGUGGUCUCCGUUCUCUCUAUCCAGCGUCCUCCUGCCCGUACGGCCCCAGACAGCAGCCCUGUCUUUUAACACGCUGCUCAUUCAUCUCAGGAGGGGUGCAGUCAGAGUGGAUUAUGGGGGCCGUGGGCUGUUUGUGUACUUGACUUUGAUUGCUAACAGAAGAGAUGAGAUUGAAUCAGUCCUCUCGUCAGGCAAGAGGUGCCUGAACCUGGGGCCAUACUGACAGCUCAUUAUGCAUUUGUACAGUAAUUAUUAAACAGUAGUUGUCUUUUAAUAUGUGAGAGAGAUUGUUUUAGGGAUGUUGUUGCGUAGAAACGGAGACG